AACUACGUAUAAAAGGGAUUGAUUUUUUUUGAUUCGGACACAUAUUAGUUCGUUAGCUUUACAUUGUUUUUUAUUUGCAAUAAUAUAAAACAAAAUGUUGGUGAAGUUAAGUUUGGCUAUUCUUUGCUUUAUGGCUGCUUCUUGCCAUGCCCUCACCUAUUACAACCUGCCCUUCUUCGAUUUCACCGAACCAUCGUGCAAGUUAAUCGUUGCCGAACUUAUCAAAAUUGACAGCGAAUACAUCGGUGCUUCCGCCAUAUUUCCACAAGCGCUGGCCUUUAUGAAAAAAUACGAUCCAGCGGUAAUCCCUCGCAGACACAAACGUCAACUUGGUUUGCUAUACAAGGUGGUUGGAGGCAAAGGCGUUAGUCUGAUGGUAUCGAUUAUGGAACAUGCCAAGACAACGAGAAUGUUUCAGCACAUAGCGGCGAUAUUCCACGAACUUCCCCAGUGCUUGUAUUGGCUGCAGGGGUAUCGCCUUUAUCUUAAAAAUAAUGUAAUAUCUAAAAUAUUUUAUGAACAAAUAGAAGAAUUCUUUUCUUAAUCAAUGUUUUUGUUGUACCCUCAUAAAUCAGGAUUGUAUCUAACGUUAUUGGUAUUAAAUAUACUAUUAGCA